AUGCCCAUAUCCGAGAUCGUAAAACCGCCCACCGGACGACUGGACAGCAUCCGCGCCAGGGGCGACCAAGGGCUGCCAAUACCUUUGAAAUUUAAGCCGCGGCCCGUAUCACGGAGGCCGAAAGAGGAGAGAGAUGCACUAGAGAAAAAGUACGAAGCGCCGCCGGCCAGUAGUAGGGGAGCUUCUACAAGGCGAAGCAGAGGAAGGGGUGGUUUCGGAAGUCGUGGGAGACGGUGGGAGACGGAGACGGCGGCAGUGGGUGCGUCCGGGCCCUUCGCCCUCGGGAGUGUCUUUACUCCAGGGCGAGCUCAAAAGGUUGUUCAAGAACGUGGCCGAAGCUCAAAUACAACCGAUAGGCGCCGACCUGGAUUAAAUACCAGAACAACGCUUAGCUCCGAGACUUCAAACACUACUACGGCAACUCCUGAAGUUAAUGAUGACGGAAAUAUAUCUUCCUCGUCUUCGGAUGACUCUGUAGGCUCCAGGGUGGAUGUGGAAGACAUAGCCCUAGUUAAUAGUGCAAAGGACAACAAUGUGGAGGGGGCUGCGGAUGAAAGCAAUUGGGGUGCUGGCACUGGACCACCUGUUAGAGUACUAAGAAGGGCACAUGUGGAUCGCAUUGCGCAGGUCAACACAGACAGCAGCCUACUAAAGCGCGGGCGCAGCUCUCGCGUUGCGGUAUUUGAGGAGACGAUCGCAGUCAAAGAAGAAGCUUCAGGAGAUACUCCUGGGAUAAGGCCGCAUCCGAAGAAGGACAAAAAAGUACAGAAAAGACGGAAUAAUGAGAAGAAUCCCAAGGCGGCAGUCGUGUUAGGCAGCAUCGAAGACAGAGAGGAAGCUGAAAGGGAAGAGCUGGAUCGUGCCACCACUUUGAGAGAGCUAAUUGGCCGCGGCGGUGGGGCUGAUGAGGAUGGAGAUGUCAAUAUGAGUAGUGAGAAUGCUGAGGUUGAUGAUCAGAUCUUCAUCUUCCAGUUCCCGCCUAUUCUGCCUCAACUUGUUGCCUCUGUCUCUGCAGAUGAAAGCAUUGACAGGCCGGCCGAUGUUGACGAUCCUGCCACUGCUAAAAAGGUAUCGGGCAUUGCGAAGUACAGAGCUAAGAUAUACCUCAGAGCACAACAGGCACUGCUGGAAUCCUACCCACCCCCUGGAAUCGCAGGGAAACUGCAGGUACAUAAGUCUGGGCGGACGACUAUUCUGUGGGGUGCCGCAGAUGGCGUGGAUGGUAAUACGGCAAUUGAAAUGGAGGUUGCCAGGGCUGUGCCGUGUGACUUUUUACAGGAAGCUGUGGUUAUGAAGACACAGAGUCCAUGGGGGGAACAGGAUAUUGACGAGAUCGGAAAACGUAUGGGAGCGGCGUUUUCGCUGGGCCAGGUGAAGGGAAAGUUUGUGGUGAGCCCAGACUUUGGGAAGUUGUUAGAAGGAGACACCAAGAAGGGGAAAGGCAAAGGAAAUGGACUGCAUAAGAACGCGAGCAGUAGUAAUAGUAAGACGAAAGGGAAGGAGAAAGAGAAAUGA